GCAGCCGGCGUACGUCAUGGCGGUCAGACGUCUUCUCAGGGAUACUCGAACGUGGGCCGGCUGGGCGACCCGGGAGCUCCCAGACCCUGCCGCUUUUAGGAGACUGCUGGUCCGGGACUAUGCAAAAAAACCGGUCAUGAGGGGUGCCAAGAGUGGCAAAGGUGGCGUGGUCAGUGAGGCACUGAAGGACCCAGAAGUGUGCACAGAUCCCAUCCAGCUUACCACACAUGCCAUGGGUGUGAACAUCUACAAGGAUGGCCAGGAUGUGGUCCUGAAACCGGAUGCUGAGUACCCCGAGUGGCUGUUCCAGAUGAACGUGGGCCCUCCCAAGACGCUGGAGGAGCUGGACCCUGAGAGCCGGGAGUACUGGCGGCUGCUGCGCAAACAGAACAUCUGGCGCCACAACCGUCUGAGCAAGAACAGGAAGUUCUAGGAGAGGAGCUGGGUGGCCGCAGCGAGAAAGCCGACUUGCACCUGGGUUUCUGUGUGGCCCCAGCAAGGCUGGGCCAGGGCCCUGGGGCCAGUAAAUACUUCUUCCUGGACCCCAGUGCUCCUCAGCGCUGUCUGAUAUCAGCUGGGAGGGAGCUGGGUCAGUUCCACCUGGCAGUUGGCCAGGCUUCUGCAGGUUCUCCUUCACCUCAGUCUUCAAUGGCCCCUGGGAUUUCCUAGCCUUGUCCAAGAGGCUAGGAAACCUCUAUGGUUGUCCUGGUCAACCUUUCUUGGUUUCAGGGGCCUCAUACCACACCCAAACCUUUAGAAGUUCUGUGAGCUUCUGGAAGUGAAGUGUCAGGGGUAGAUGGCUGCCUUUGGCCAUGGCUGGAUCCAGCUGCUUGAGUCAGAUCUGUGGCUCUUUCCAUCUCUGAUCCUUUUGUCUUCCCAGUGGGUGGUGCUCGUGAGCAGGGACAGCCUCAGGGAUCCUGGCCUGCCACCCCUACCCUGCUUGGCAAGUGGAGCUUGGGGAAGGGACGGCCACCUCCUUUUCACUGGUGUCACAGGCGGGCCUUGCUGGCUAGUCACUUAAGCCCAGGGCAUGGGCCUGCUGUCCUCACCCAAGUCCUCAGCUGCUUCGUCCACCAGAGCCGUGCCUCAGCCUCCCUUCUGCCUCCUCUUCACCUGCCUGACAUGUCCUGGGGUCUGCUGACCUGAGCGUCUGACCCACAGCCCCGUGAGAACCCUGGUCCCGGCUUCUGGAAUCCUGACUGCUGCUCAGCCACCUGUGGUGGAGGGGCCUGGAGGUGGGGUUCUGCAGGUGAGGCCGGGCCCAACAGAUCAGAGGGCCGGGGGUGCUGCCAUUAAGGGGCAGUGCAGCAGCCAUGGUAACCAGGACCUUCCCCUGUAAUUGCUGCGUGUGUGUGUGCGUGUGCGUGGCCAGGGGGCAGCUUUGUGCCAGGUCCACCCACCCUCCAGCUUCCACCAGCUCCUGCAGACUUGAGCGGCUAAUCCUGUCCUCUCCCCGGGAAAGGAGAGCCGGACUCUGCAGAGUGGAUCACUGCACACCUGCCCUCCCAUGCCUGGCAGAGGGAGUGAUCACGUGCUCCUUUGAGUCUUGGAGGGUCAUGCUCACCCUUCUCCAAUCCUCCUGUGGCUCCCCAGUGGCUCUCUGGGUCCACACCAAAGUUAUAAUAGCCACCAGGCUCCACCCCACUUGUCCUGUCACCUUCUCCCACUCCCUCCCUCUGUUCCAACGACUUGGGCCUCCUCACUGCUUCUCCAACAGAGCGGGCUCCGUCCUGCCCGAGGCCCCUUGCACAGGCUGUGCCCUCUGCUUGGGAUGCUCUUCCCUCAACACCUCCAUGGCUGUCUUCUUUACCUUCUGGUUUCUGCUCUGAUGUCACCUCCCCAGACCUCCCUAUUAAAAUUGGAACUCUAGCCACACACCCAGAUGCUUUUCUUGUUUUUCCU